AUGUUGUGUCGUGUCAUUUGGCUUGUACUUUCCGUGUCUAAUUUGGCAAAUUCGUUAGCAGACAGCUGUUCAAACAAUCGCAAGGGCACUACAAAUAAAUGCCAUGUUACAUACAAACACGGGCCAACGCAAGGGACGCCUUUAUUUAAAGUUGGCGAAAAAACUUUUGUUGACACGCGAAUAUUUUUUUUGGUAGUAUCAUCGGAGAAUCCCAGAGAAGAGUGUUCGUUGAAUUUGAAUGUUGGGGACAUUUUAAAAAGGUCAGUACAAAAAUCCGAACAAUCUAGUGUAGCAGUACAUCAAAUCGGUUGUGUAUGCCAGAGCCCGGCAAGGGUGUCUUUCUGCCGAGCGGAGAAUUUUACCGCGAAUGAUGUCAUUUUAUAUCUUACUAUCUUCCGUCAUUGCCGUGUGACCGGCGCAGAUCUGGCAGUCUGGGGACGAGCUGCGGACUUGCGGGUCUUGUAUUUAAUGGAUGACGUCAUUCUACAAGACAACGGCGAAACGGAGGCUGAUUUACAAGGAUUAUUUAAUAUCGGGACAUUGACUUUACACAAUUUGAAAAACAAGACAAUACCCCGUAUGUUUUUGUCCUAUAAUUGGGAAAAAAUGGCCGAAAUUCAGUUGAGUAAAAUGCGGUUAGGAUCAACUGUGAAUAUUUUGAAAACAACAAUGCCGUAUUUACAGUCACUUGAAUUAUCUGGAAACGACCUAAGGGCCCUACCAGAUUUCCCAUGGUGCAACAGGAGCUUGAAACUGCCGAGAAAUUUGUCCCGUACUUUCAUUAUGAACGCGCAUUAUUCGGAAGGGGCGACAAUAAAUCCGCGUAUAUAUCGUCGCUUUUACGUUGUUCACUUUAAUCCCGGAAUAGACGACUUCAAAAUUCCUUCUGGUAGUUUAGAUAAGAUUUCGAUACGUGGCGACAAUCUGAAGUCUAUUGAAUCGACGAUGUUUCACGGAAUAACGGGUUUAAAAGUUAUCGAUUUAAGCUUGAACAAACUAAGCCAUAUUCCUGAGCGCAUUUUCGAAAAAACACCCGAUAUCGUCUCGGUAAACUUUGCAAAUAACAAUCUCACUUGGUUGGAUGGGAAAACUUUUGAGAACUUGACAAAUCUUCGAAAAUUGGAUGCCGGGCACAACUAUAUUCACACGAUACAAAAUGGUUUUCUGUCGGACAAACUGGUGAACUUAGAAGCGAUUGAUUUUGAAAAUAAUCUGUUGCGCGUUAUCGAAGCGCGCGCUUUUCCACGUAGCGUGUUUAACGCGUUGAAGAAAAUUAAUUUCCGCAAGAAUAAAUUUCGCGAAGUGCCGCAGUUUGGUUUCUACGUUCGAAAUCUGGAGACUUACGACAUUUCUGAAAACGGGAUAGACUUUGCGGGCUUUGUGAAAACAGUUGAUGCAGUUUUUAUGCCCGACUUUUUAUACGUUCACACCGAUUCAGAAAGUUCUAUCGAUACGCGAUCUCCGUAUGAAUCAUCAAUAAAUUUUCGAAAUAAAAAAAUUCUCAAUCUCGAACGCAACGCCAUUGAACGUUUCGACUUGACGGAAUUCAAUAAAACAAGAUUGAUAACACUCGAGUUCAUUUUAAAAGUUUUUACGAUAAGUUUAACGGGAAACCCACUUCAUUGUGAUUGCAAGACGCGUGAAUUGCAAAUAAAGCUUUUAAAUUGGACAAAAGGAAACACUGAGAUCACUGAGAAGGAUUUUGAAAGUUGGGUAUGUCACACACCACCGGAAUUACGUGGAAUGAAAAUUUUAAACGUCCCAUCGAAAGACUUAAGAUGCGAAAGGCGUUGCGGUAAAUGCCCCAAACGUUGUACUUGCUACCGAAGCGAUUCCGACUCUGUGACGCUCGUAGACUGUCGGAGACGAAACCUGACGAUGCUACCCAGCAUACUUCCAAACGGUAUGGUUGAAUUACGUUUGGAAUACAACCAAAUCGAAAACUUAACUUUUUCAAAAAACACGGAAAACGUUACCUCGCUUUAUGCAAGUCAUAACAAGCUACAACGCGUUUCCCUUACUUUAAAGCAUUUCCCUUCGAAAUUAAACGAAAUCUAUUUGGAUUCAAACAAGCUAACAACACUCCCCAACGGUUUUCGAAAUUUCACUCUAUCGAGGAUAAACUUACAGAAUAACUUUUUCACGUGCGGCUGUGAGAAUCGCUGGAUGAAAAGUUGGUUGAAACAGCAAAGCAAAGCGUUUGUCGGCGGUGCGGAAAGUGUGGCUUGUAGCUCGGGUGGUAUGAAUCAAGCAAAACCGUUAGUUUCUGUCAAAGAUACGGAUUUUGUUUGCACAGAAACAGUCAAACCAAACGGCUAUAAUGUUAAUGAGAUCAAAGCCAUCUCUGCUUACGUUUUGGCGGGAUUUCUAUUCACGCUUCUCGUAAUGGUUGCAUUAAUUUAUCGAUUUCGUAAAGAACUUAAACUUGUAUUGUACACUCGUUUUGAUUGGCACCCGUUUGAUCGUGUCGACGAUUCCGACCCAUCGAAAGUCUACGACGCGUUUGUGUCAUUCAACAUGCGCGACAAACAAUGGGUGAUGGACACUCUGCAGAAUAAACUCGAAAAUCAUCAUCCAUCGUAUAAAUUAUGCAUCCACUACCGAGACUUUAUCCCGGGGGCACCAAUCGCCGAGACUAUCCUGGAGAGUGUCAAGAAAAGCCGGCGUAUGAUAAUGGUUUUGUCGCGAAAUUUUAUUCAAAGCGAAUGGUGUAUGUUGGAAUUCCGGGCGGCGCAUCGCAGGGUUUUAAAAGGUCGCACGAACUAUCUCAUAAUCGUACUUUUUGACGACGUGAAUGUCGACAGCUUGGACGAUGAGUUGAAGUUGUAUUUGAAGACCAACACGUAUCUCAGUGUUCAGAGCAAAUGGUUCUGGCAACAAUUGAAGUACGCGCUACCACAAAAGAAACAGGAAACGAGUGAUGGUUUCCUAGGCAACCAGGCACUCGACUCUGAUGAAAAAUACAUUCAGGCAUAA